GGUCGGCUGCAGACGCUUCCGGUGACGUGGAGGUGGCCGCUCAGGACCGGGAAUGAUGGCUGCUUCCCUGUGCUCUUCGCUGCUGCUACUCCUGGCCGCACUGGCCCCCGGGGCCCUCGCCACGCCCCGCACCCUGGUCCUGCUGGAGAACAUCAACCUGCGGGAGACACACUCCCUCUUCUUCCGCAGCCUGGCCGACAGGGGCUUCGACCUUUCCUUCAAGACUGCUGAUGAUCCGAGCCUGUCUCUAAUCAAGUAUGGCGAGUUUCUGUACGACAAUCUGAUCAUCUUUUCGCCGUCAGUAGAGGAUUUUGGAGGGAACAUCAAUGUAGAGACAAUCAGCGCAUUUAUUGAUGGCGGUGGCAGCGUGUUGUUGGCCGCCAGCUCUGAUAUAGGGGACCCUCUGCGUGAACUGGGCAGCGAGUGCGGCAUUGAGUUUGACGAGGAGAAAACUUCUGUCAUUGAUCACCUGAAUUGUGACAUCUCUGACCCCGGCCAGCACACCCUGAUUGUGGCGGACUCUGAGAACCUCCUGAAGGCCCCGACUAUAGUGGGGAAAUCCACCCUGAACCCCAUUCUCUUCAGAGGCGUCGGCAUGGUGGCCGAUCCAGACAACCCCCUAGUGCUCGACAUCCUCACCGGUUCCUCCACCUCCUACUCCUUCUUUCCCGAUAAGCCCAUUACACAGUAUCCGCACGCCGUCGGGAAGAAUACUCUCCUGAUCGCAGGUCUCCAGGCCAGGAAUAACGCUCGUGUGGUUUUCAGUGGAUCUCUGGAUUUCUUCAGCGACGCUUUCUUCAACUCUGCUGUGCAGAAAGCUGCUCCCGGUUCCCCCAGGUUUUCCAAGACUGGAAACUACGAGCUGGCGGUGGCCCUGUCCCGCUGGGUGUUUAAAGAGGAGGGCGUGCUGAGGGUCGGCGCUGUGUCUCAUCACCGUGUAGGAGAAACGGAACCCCCCAGCGCUUACACCAUCACCGACCUCGUGGAAUACAGCAUUGUUAUUGAGAAGCUCACGGAGGGCAAGUGGAUCCCCUACGACGGAGACGACAUUCAGCUGGAGUUUGUCCGCAUUGACCCAUUUGUCCGCACGUUCCUGAAGAAGACCGGCGGGAAGUACAGCGUCCAGUUCAAGCUCCCAGAUGUGUACGGUGUGUUCCAGUUCAAAGUGGAUUAUAACCGCCUGGGGUAUACCCACCUCUACUCGGCCACACAGGUGUCUGUCCGCCCCCUCCAGCACACACAGUACGAGCGAUUCAUCCCCUCCGCCUACCCGUACUAUGCCAGCGCCUUCUCCAUGAUGGUCGGCCUCUUCAUAUUCAGCGUGGUGUUCCUGCACAUGAAGGAGAAAGAGAAAUCUGACUAGGCAGCCAUUGAUUCAGCACCAGGCACAGGGAGGACCGGCCAGGCAGCAGGGGCCGGAGCGGGGGUUCGGGGGGGCUGUUCCAUGGGAGGGGGGUGUAAUGGAGGAAUGCUACUUUAAAUCAGAGUUUGUAAAUAUCAUGUCCUAUUGUAAGCACUCGUGUCUGAGGGUGUGGUGCUUGUAAUGGGGGAAACCUGGAACCAAAUUGCAGUAAUACAAUCUCAUCCUCCCACAGAAGACUGCUUCAAUUUUUUUAUUUUUUCAUUCAUGGUUUGGACUUUAAUGGGCACUUUGACGACUAAUGUGAUAAUUUCUAUGAAGAAUAAAAGUCUGUUUCCCCCUU